GACACACUCAUAUGACCGAACCAAACAAACAAAAGAUGAGAUGGGAUCAUUAUACCGACGAAAAUCGAUUGACAAAAAUCAAAAUUGUACGAUAAUACACGACAAAUACGGGAGGUGAGAAGCGGUAAAAGUAACUACAGAGGAAUCGUGGCGGUGAUGGGUUUGGGCUUUCCGCCGUUAGAAUCUCUCUCACACCUUUGCCUCUACCUCCCAUUUUCCCCACUCGCAACGCACUAGAGAGAAUCAUUACAGAGAGAGAGAGAGAGAGAGAGUUUGUACUUUUGGAAUUGUGCGUACCUUUUUGAGUUCUUCAUAUUUUAUUAAGCAUUUCUACGAAGUAUUUGGGUUUUCUUUAGCGGGAUUGUUGUGGUUUUAUACCACAACACUCAAUCUCUUGCUUCGCCUAAUCAUAUGGGCGGAAGGAAGCAAGUGCUGCUUUCUUCGCUUGCAGAAUAUUCCAUUCCAAUUCUUGUAAACGUCUCUCAUUGUGUCCCUCGUCGAAUUUUCCUCAUAUUUAUUUAAUGUAUCUCUAUUCUCUACGCCAAUCAUUUUGGAGCUGUUUUGUUUUAAGCGUGCUCUUCUAUGCAUCAAGAUGACACCUUUUACAAACCGGCUCUCUUCCCCUUUCCCUAUAUGUCUGCAUUUGGAAGCUCUUGGAGUUUGUGUCUGGUAUGGGUUUCGCUGCCACCACGGUGUUUUCUGAAGUUAAACAUUGGGUUGAUUAUAUUCUUUUCGACAUUUCAGUGUGGUCCGUUAACCGUGUGACUUCUUUUCGACAUUGGGUUGAUUAUAUUCUUUUCGACAUUUGAAGUCGCAUCCCAUAUUUGGGUUUGCUUUCAUUUUCAUCUUUCGCUCUUUUUUUUCUUGAAAUCUUUGUCACUUCCGCUUCCUGUUGUUUUUAAAUUUUAAGCUCUCGAUUGAAAGCUUCAGCCUUCAGUAUUGCUCUUUUGACGGGUGACCACAAAUCCCUUUCUUGAUUUCUUCCAGUUAGUCUUCUGUACUCUGUGCUGUCUACUUGUAUGGGUUAUGAUUUCUGCCGUUACUAGUUGGGUUUUCGAUGUUCCGAACUCUGAUGGUUACCUGCUUUUUUUUUUCAAUUAAUUAGUGAUUCUAACUAUCGGACGGUUGCUGUGAAACUACAGGAAGUCUAAAGAUACUAAUGGGAAUCGAUGCUCUAAGUCUACGUUGUUUCAGUUCUAAAAUAUAGAACUAAUAAUUGAUUGGACCGACUGAAUGCCAAAUAAUGGGAAAAUGAUGGGGGAUCAUUUUGCGUUGCUGGUGGAUCGGUUACUCACUGAAUCUACUCUUGAAGCUGCUAUUGAGAGCAAAUACUGGGGGCAGCAAACCACGCCCUCAACAAGCAAAGAUCUGUUGAGUUCUGCCUAUAGGAUGGAUGUCGAUAGUAGUUUCUCACCAAGUAAAUUGGUAGAGUGUAGGAUCUGCCACGAUGAGGAUGAGGAGUCCAACAUGGAGACGCCUUGUUCUUGCUGUGGCAGCUUGAAGCAUGCACACCGCAUAUGUGUGCAAAGGUGGUGCAAUGCAAAGGGAGAUAACAUCUGUGAGAUUUGCCUCCAGCAAUAUAAGCCCGGUUAUACAGCACCUCCUCCCCUGUUUCACUAUGGUGGUAUUCCAAUUAACUUCAGCGGAAACUGGGAAAUGUCUAGAAGGGACCUGCACAACUCUCAAUUUAUACCAAUGGUUGCUACUGAUAGUGAAAUUUUAGACACUGAUGAAUAUUCAGCUCCCACUUCAAGAAGCCUGCUUUGCUGUCGAGUAGUUGCUAUAAUUUUUAUGGUUCUUCUGCUUUUACGUCAUACUCUACCAUUCAUAAUCAGUGGAGCUGGAGAAUACUCAUUGACAUUGUUGACGCUACUGAUGUUGAGGACCAUUGGGAUUCUUUUGCCCAUCUAUAUCAUGGUUAGAGCAUUCACUGCUAUCCAGCGUCGACGACAUCAUCAGGAUUCUCAUUCCAUUGCCACAUCAGAUGGGACAAACAACUUACCUCAGCAUCAAUCACGUUUUAUUCGAGUGCUGUAGUUGCUGUAGGUUCCUAUCAUGCUUGAAGAAAUCAGAAAGAACUCGUGAGAAGAAUGGCGGCCUUGUGGAAUGUGAUACGAGGGAAAUCAACAUUUUGUGGACUGUGAUAGUGAGGAACUCAACCUUCCGCUCCUCCAGAUUUGGAACCCAGGUUGAAACAAGUUGGGGCGGGAGAUGCUCAAAAUGAUAGGCUUAAUUGUGCCACUUUUUCCUGGAAGAAGCCUUCUAACCAAGUACACCUAUCAAGAUAUAUGAGAGCUAUGCAUACAAAGUAUAGUUAAAGGGAUAAUGAACUGCAUAUAUGAAUGCUACUUAAACAAAAUGGGCAAGCCAAAGUUAAUGUCGCAUACUAUGUUUGAUAGCAAAGAUGGCAAAUGCAUUCUAUAGUUAAUACUA